AUGGCGUUCACUACUGCCCUUUCGAAGAACUUGCUACUUUUAUUAAAUUUCCUGGCAUUUGUUUCAAUCUCUACUGGAAAGGCUUCUCCCAUCCCUGCUGCAACAGGCUUGUCCUAUAUCGUGCCGCCACCAGCGCCGAAUGGUGGCAAGCAAUGGGGAGCUGCGUUGUCGAUCGCAGAAGACCUUAUAAAUCAAUUGACUUUGCAGGAAAAGGUUUCCUUGGUUACAGGUCAAGAGGGAAUCUGUACCGCUCAGACUGGCAACAUCACGCGACUUGGGAUUCCAAAGAUGUGUUAUUCGGAUGGCCCUGCAGGGCCCAGGCCUGGAAAUACUCAAUGGCCCUCCGGUGUGACUACCGCAGCAACCUGGGACACAGAGCUCAUGUACGCGCGGUCUUACUCCAUGGGGCAGGAUUUCUAUAACCUUGGAUACCACGUGGCUAUGGGUAUGGUCACUGGGGGGCCCUUGGGCCGUUCUCCAAGAGGCGGGCGAAACUGGGAGGGAUGGUACGCCGAUCCAUAUGCUACUGGCAUCGCGUCAUGGCAUGGUGUUCGAGGUCUACGUGACUCAGGUGUCCAAGCGUUGUCUAAACAUUGGAUCGCAUACGAACAGGAGACUUUCAGGAACCCAUACAACUUUACAGAACCAUACAGCAUCUACAACGCAUCGGAACAAGUCCCUAUCUCCAGCAAUCUCGACGACAAGACAACCCAUGAGCUGUAUAUGUGGUCAUUUGCUGAGGCCAUCCGAGCAGGUGUCACCCACAUCAUGUGCGCGUACAAUGCUGUGAAUGGCACGCAUUCAUGUGCCAAUUCCGAGUCAAACAAUAGGUUGCUUAAGACUGAGCUGAAUUUUCAAGGCGCAUUGAUCAGUGACUGGGGAGCUACCUGGGGAACUGAAGCAUUUGUCCAGGGAGGACUUGAUGUUAACUUGCCGGGCCUCGGCUUCGGGGGCAUUCUUGGGCCAUUCUACGACCAGGAACUAGUCCAAAUGGUGCAGAACGGAACUAUCAGCGAAAGCCGUCUGAAUGAAAUGGUCAGCCGAAUGCUUACACCUUGGAUUGCGACAGGCCAGAGGGAUAAGCCUCUUCCACCAACUGCCACCAAGGCUGCCGAGUCGGAACCCGUUCAUGUUGAUGGACAGCUGCGAUCAGCUGUCGAGAUAGCUCGGAAAAUAUCUGCAGAUGGAACUAUUAUGUUGAAAAACACAGGCAGUUUACCUUUGAGGAACCCCCGAAAUAUCGCUGUCAUUGGGCAGGAUGCUGGACCUAGCCCUCUGGGUAUACACGGAUGUGGCGCCUUGUUCCGUAACUGUGAUAUCCUGCAGAAUAACGGGACACUUUCCUUGGGAGGUGGUUCUGGGUAUGCGUGGGCAAACAACUUGAUUACGCCACUGCAGGCAAUCCAAUCAAAGGCACUGGAAAGCAACAGUUUUGUUCAAUGGGUCCUCGAUAACAAUGCUUCCUCGAUCAUCCUGCAGACUCUAGCAGGUCAGAAUGGGCUAGCGGUAGAGAACCCUGAUGUCUGUCUCGUGUUCGCGGAUCGAUAUCAGCGGGAGAACAUGGAUCGCAAUGAUCUGAACUUGAACAUUGGAAACUGGACCCGAUCAGAGGAUAUUAUUCUCGAAACCGCAGCCAACUGCAACAACACUAUUGUGGUGCUUCAUGUUGGCGGACCCGUGAUCAUGGAAGCUUGGAUUGAUAACCCCAAUGUGACUGCAGUUUUGGCACCUCUUUUCCCUGGAGAGCAGACCGGCCCUGGUUUGGUUGAUAUCCUCUGGGUCGGCAAAAAGGAGACGGACUACCCACCACACACCAUCUCAGCUCCGCAUACUGUUACACCGCAGGCAAACUUUACUGAAAAGCUGAAGAUUGACUAUCGCUGGUUCGAUACAUACAAUAUUACACCUCGUUUCGGUGAGCCAAGUCUGACGAAUACUUCUGCUGAUCACAACAUAGGUAUAAAUCUUGACACGUAUCCUGAUGCCCAUGGUAUCCAGGAAACAAACGAACAGUUUGAUGGUCAGACCGAGGGCCAGUCAAUAUAUGACGUUGUCGCUACUAUCUCGGCCAAGGUCACCAACACCGGCGAAUGGAUUGCUUCUGAAGUCGCCCAACUCUAUGUGGAGUUCCCAGCAGUAGAGGAAGAGCCUCCCAAAGUACUACGAGGAUUCCAGAAGGUGAAGAAUCUGCACCCUCGAGCCAGCCAGACAGCGUCGUUUCCCAUCCGCCGUAAGGACAUCAGGGUGUGGGAUGUCGCUCUCCAGAAAUGGAGGUUGCCACAAGCGGGAAAUAUCACUUUCCAUGUCGGUGCUAGUUCCAGGAAUCUCCCUCUCUUCGUCGCCACAGCCAUCCAUACUCAAGAACAAACCCUAAGACUUUCCUUCCACAAAGCUGAUCGCUUAGUUAUUACAGCAGAUGAUGAGACCUUUGACCAGGAGUUCUUGCGAGACUGCGAGAUAGAAGGAUUUGAAACGAUAUACCUGCCCUUUCAGGAGGAUUCAAAGCGCUACGCAUAUCAGCUGAACCGGAUCAAGGAAAGCCUAAGUGUUAGUGAAUCCUAUGGAGUUAUAGACCACUAUCUGCAGCUUCCCAACAACAACAAGCUAUGUGCAUUGAUUGCCUAUUAUCCAGCCAAGAUUCCACACCCGGAAGCCAAGUUUCCUGAGUCCAUACAUGUGGUUGUGCACUUUGCCCGCCAGAACGUGGAUGUGGACUACGGCCCCAGAGGGAUGAGGCGCAGACAUUUGAUUGAAAGAAGGCGCAUCAACACGGGGUUAGGCACAGGAAACCGGCUCUCGCUAGGAUAUUUGGCGUACGCGUACCCGAACGCCGAAGUAGGGUUCGCUGAGUAUGCUCUAGGACACUAUGAUCGAACCUCAGCCGAUCUUGCUUGGAGCCGAACAUUGAAAGCUCUGCAAGCUGGGUUUCGAAAAGAACCAGAUCUGGAAAAAGUAUGGGAGGAUGUUCAAGAUGCUAGAUAUUUUUCCUCAGACCCUUUUGACUACGUGGCGAGAUAUCAGGAAGAGAAGACUCCGUCCACCUUCUACGCCCCAAGCUUACAGGGGGUCAGUAGCUCAGAGGAGCUCCGACAUUUCUAUGAGACAGUGUUCGGUCGCGAGAAACUACCAUCCAUGAACAUACGGCUGCUGUCCCGCACCAUUGGCGCAGAUAGAGUUGUGGAUGAGUUAUACAUGAGUUUCAUCCAUAGCCAGAGCAUGGACUGGAUACUCCCCGGUGUCCCACCAACCAAUAGACAGGUGGAUGUCAUCCUAAUUAGCAUUGUGAGUCUUCGCGGAGGCAAGCUCUACUCAGAGCAUGUUCACUGGAACCAGGCCAGUGUACUUACGCAGGUUGGAUUGCUCAAUCCAGAGCUUGUCCCUUCACAGUUCGAGAGUGUGAAGGAUUCGCUCUUCAGGGGUAAAGAGGCCGCAAUGACCAUUUUAAAUGGUCCUGGCUGA